AGCCAUGUUCACUGUUAUCAGAUCUGAGAGAAAAUUUAACCAACUUUCUACAGGUUGAGCAUCUGAAGUUCACUGUAAUCCAACUGCCAGAAUUUUUCUUCACUAAUCUUUGUUCUAUCUUACGUCUUGUACAGAAAGCUUUGAUUAAAAUAAGAUAUUUAAUUAUUAUUUUAUAUUAUAAUUCAUUAUAAACCUUAUUCAAUACGCAGUAACAAUAUAUUCCCUGUUAAUAUUCUUUAUUUCUUCGCACACUACAGUGACUUGUAAUUUAUAUAGUCUACUGUAUCUAUUACACUUAUUUAUUUUUUGUAUUGUAUGUAAAACACUUAAUUUCUUCUAAAUAAGAUGAACAACAUUGCAACUCAAAGGAUAAAAAGAGAAUUUAAAGAAGUUAUCAAAAGCGAGGAGCUUGCGAAAUGUUCUAUAAAAGUGGAUUUGGUUGGAGAUAGUUAUACAGAAUUAAAAGGUGAAAUAGCAGGGCCUCCUGAUACGCCGUAUGAAGGAGGUAUAUUUUUUUUAGAAAUCAAAGUUCCAGAAACAUAUCCUUUUAAUCCUCCAAAAGUACGCUUCAUGACUAAAAUAUGGCAUCCAAAUAUUUCAUCUGUCACUGGAGCUAUUUGUUUAGAUAUUUUGAAAGAUCAAUGGGCUGCAGCAAUGACCUUGCGUACUGUGUUACUUUCUUUACAAGCCCUUAUGGCUGCUGCUGAACCAGAUGAUCCACAAGAUGCUGUAGUUGCCAAACAAUAUAAAGAAUAUCCAGAAAUAUUUGCAAAAACUGCAAGUCAUUGGACUAAUGUUUAUGCUGGAGGACCUAAUAAGAAUGCUGAUUAUGAUUCAAAAAUUCAACGUUUAAUUGAUAUGGGAAUUGAAUGUGAUCAAGCCCGUGGUGCAUUGUCUACAUACAAUUGGGAUUUAGAACGUGCCACAGAACAGUUAUUUAGCUAAUAUUGGUUGUUACUAGGUUUUUUUUUAAAUCUCAUAAUUGAUAUUGUAUUAUGAAAUGGUUUAAGUAUAUGAUGUACUAUAUAAUCUAAAUACUGUGUUAUUUUUUAUUUUUGUCUUUUAAUUCUUAAUAUUAUUAAUUAAAUAAAUAUUUUUUUUAAAAAGUAAUAGAAUUAAGUUUUGUUUUAUUUAAUGUUAAUAUUGAAAUAGUUUCUUAUGUAUAAGCACAACUAGGAGGGACUUAAUUACUAAAAUUUAGAAAAUUAUGUCUAGUGUUUUAUAAGAAUAUUAAGGGUGAGAGAAAAAUACAUUUAGCCUUCUGAAAAAUGUAUUAAACUUGUGUCUAUGUUAUUGUCAAUUUUUACAAUCUCAACUGAUAUUGUUAUGAUUUUUAGAAGUAAAAAUGAUGUGAAAUAAAUUUAUUAUAAUAAAAUAACUUUUCAAGAUA